UACCAACACACUCAAAAUCAAAAGUAUUUCUCUCUCUCAGCUUCUCUCUCUCUCUCUCGCCGGGACUCUCAAAAACUAACUCAAUGGGUGAAGAAGUUGGAAACAAAACUAUAAACUUUCUUGAAGGAUUCGAUACACAAAAAACUGAAUUUUCAGAUUCAGUACACCCAGAACUCGAUCUGGGGCUCUCUUUGGGUGGCUUUUACGCCAAAAUUCCCCCAAAAGCCCCACUGAUUCGAACUUCUUCGAUGAUGGUGAAUGAGAAGGAGAGGGAGGGCGGUGUUGGGAUUGUUCCGGCGUCGGAGGUGGUGGAUGAAGAAGAGAUGAGGAAGCUGAAGGAGAUGCAGGCUUUGAAGAGAAUGGAGGCUAAGAAAAGGAUGGUGGAGAAGUUAACUAAGCACAGGGGAGCUGGUGGCUCUGAUGAAGAGAAGCCCCGGGUGGCGGCGGCGGUCACGGUGGUGGCUAAAUUGACCAAUUGGGCGCCGGGUUCUACCUCCAAAGCCCCUGCCGCCGACGAUGGCUUCUCCCGCGCUGUCGAAGAACUCAAAUGCAAUGUUGGUUCAUCAACCAACCUAGUAAUUCCAGGUCCAGAAAAUUCAACUGCAGGGAAAGCUCCUACAAGAGUGACGGAUACUGGAAAAUCAGUCGAUCCUGGUAAUUACUGCUCAGAGCCUUCGUUCAAUUUUGGGACAAUGGUGAAUGGAAAACUGGCUUAUCCUGGAAAACCAGCACCAGGGAUCAUGUUGGAGAAAAUACCGAAUGGAAAAACAAUCAAUCCCACAAAUUCUCACCCCCCAGAUUUCGCAGUCUUACUUAGGAAGAGAGCAAAUGAAAAAAUGGAUGAGGCAGCAAAAACCGAGCAAGAGAGAGUAUCCAAGAAGGUUCAAGUUUUAGCCAGCUGUAUUCAUGACAGUGCGACUAUCAAAAUGAUGAAGAUAAUGCCUAGAGUGACAACAACCGGCAAUGGCCCCAAUGGGAGGAAAAUCAAAGGGUUGCUGUACAAGUACGCGAAAGGGCACGUGAGCAUAGUCUGUGUUUGUCAUGGCGUCUUUCUCACCCCGGCAGAGUUCGUUAAGCACGCUGGCGGCAGUGAUGUGGAGAACCCCAUGAAACUUAUCAAUAUUGUGCCUGGAACCCUUUGAGCAAUGGUGGUGGCUUUGUCACCCGUUGUGCACCGAGAGAAUUUCACAGAAUGGGUUACAAAUGUGAUCUAAAAUGUUCGCAAUUAAAGCUGCAAACAUCGUCUUAUAUCGCAUUUGUGCAUUUUGUGUCCGGUUCUUUAUGUGCACAUAGUAUGUAGUGAGGUAGGAAAUAAGAAAAUACAAGUGCUUUACCUUCAAGUUACCAAAAAAAAAAAAAGUGCCUUAUUUUAUAAGGUUUUUAGUUCUCUGUUUUCUAAGUUGUAAACAAAAAAAACUGGUUUAAGUUUUAACCCUUCACAUGCAAUUUUGUGAAGGAUGUUGUUUUUUUUUUCUUCUUUUUUUACCCUCCCUUUUUCCUACCUUGUGGAAUGUAUAAAUUAAGGUGGGAAAUGAAAAACCUAGCUAGCUAGGUGGUUAUAAGGUCUUAUUGUGUUUCUAAGUUGUAAAUCAACUGCUGUCAAGAGUUAAUC